CGAUGUUCAGCGAGACCAACCAAACCUGCAGUGUGUGAGGAAGCUUAUCCAUCUGCAAACAAUAAUGGCUGCCGCCCAAUUGCUUUGUUGUAAGGCUAGCCUACGAAUCGAAACCGGCGUAUUAACGACGUCUGCGUCUUUGCUUUGAUACAUUUGUUACUUCAGUUGCAUCAGUGGCGUUGCUGCUCUCUCACAAUGCAUUGCCAGAGGCGUUUAUAUUCAUCCGACAGACCAGUAUAACAAUUACCUCCACUCCUUCUAGCCCAAGUCAGAGCAACAAAACUGGAAGGUUCUCCCCUGACUCAAGUCGUUUAUUAACUAACUGCAGCUAUGUCUGGUUCUGGUGACUUACCAGCCAUCGAGGGUUCUGGGAUGGGUGGGAUGAAGCUCCCCGUCGGAAUGACUCGACGGGCCCUCAGCUACGACGACAACCUGGAGGCCCCCAUGUCCACGCCGCCCCACGACAUCAGCAUCAACAACCUGUGGAGGCGGCCUGUAAUACCGGAGAGGAAGUUCUCCCAGCUGGCUGAGGAGGAUGAAGGCGGCGCCAUCAAACAGGCUGCCGGGCAAGAUGGCGGCCUCUUCAAGGCUCCAGCUGUGGUGAAAACUAAGGCUUCGUCCAUCAUCAUGAAUUCUCUCAUCACCAAGCACACUCAGGAAAGCAUGUACAAGUUUGAGCAGACGGCGGGCCUCACCGACACCAGUUACACUCCACACAAAGGCCUGACAGCGGAGGAGACGAGACACCACCACCGCGUCCCCGAGUCCCUCCAGAAGCUGCAGAUCCAAACCCUGGAGGCCAGAGAAGAGAAAUCCUCCUCUGCCCAGUCCACUCCAUCAAACACUCCGCACAGCUCGCCGAAGCAGCAGCGCAGAGGCUGGUUUGGGAGUACGGGGUCAGAGCUCAGCAUCAGCUCCUCCAACAGCAGUGUGGACACAGGAGGAGGAGCGGGAGAUCCAGUCGUGGGUGGAGCGGUUGAGCGGUGGGGCGUGUUUGGGCCUCGUCUUCCUGUCCAGAGUUCAGCCUCUGACGUGGGAUCAGAUGGUUCUGCUGCAGCAGGCUUUGCCCUCCAGGCAUACCGUGGAGCCCAGAAGCCGACCCCCAUGGAGGUGAUGAAGUCGCAGGCCACGCGUCUGGCUGACAACCCCCAGAGGGCGUCCCCGCCCAAAAUGGAGAUCCCCACGGUGGAGGGCCGGCGCCAGGGAGCGCGGCCCCACAAGCUCAAACACCGAGACAUGAACAUCCUGACGCCGUCCGGCUUCUGAGACCAACGCCGUGGAUACGACCAAGGUCCCAUGACAUGAAAAAACCGCCCCAGGGUCCCUCACUUUACUGUUCACAGUCUCUUAAUGUUCAGGUUAAACAGAAACAUGAGUCUUAGCGUUUCCAAAGAAAUUCUUUUUGUGCUUGCUGCUCAUUUCAUGUUUAUAUUUUCUAUGCAUCAUUAAUAGAAUAAACUCCAGUCAGAGCGAAAGCAUUUUAAACCUC